AUGGAGACAAUCUAUUCGGUCAGUCCACUCUCCAAUCAACUUGUGGAAAAUAUGGCGGACCCAAUUAAUCUUCAUGAAGAUGAACAACCGUUCGAACUAUCUCCGUUCAUUCUAGCAAUUAUGAAAAUUGCCAGAGAAGAAGGAGAUUAUAUCAGUGAGCAGACAUUGCGAGAGUUGGAGGAGAAGGUAACACCUGAAAUUGUUCCUCACAAGCAUGCUGCACUUGUUGCAUCACCGAAAAGAAUCGAAAUAACACAAGAACAUUUGGAUACGGUCAAAAAGGUAGUGGAUGUUGUGAAAGUAAUGGUUAAAGUUGGAAGUUUCCUAUCCGAGAAAGUUGGGAAAUACAUUGGACCAAUUGGAACUGUGGCGGGUGUCGUCAAGGAUAUUGUAGAGUAUUUUGAACCGAAAAAGGAUGAUCCCGUGCUAACUGAAUUGGGGGAGUUGAAGAAACAAUUGACUGCGUUGUCUCAAAAAAUGACAGCUCAUUUCGAUGAUUUGAAGUCGUUUGUUGUGGAACAAGACUUUUAUAAUAGAUACACCAUUUCUAUAUCUACUCUAUACGAAUAUAUGCUUGAUACACUCACGGAAAGAACGAACGAAUCGGUGAAACUCUUUGAAGAGGUCUACGGUAAGAACAAACCUCAACAACUAGUUUAUGAUAUGCUGAUAAAACUGGAACUGGAAGCAGCCAACCCAUUGAAAUGGGCAAUGAAAGGAGACAAUCUUCAAAGCAAAGAAACAUUCAAUAAAUGGAAGAACAUUCUGGAGAGUGUUCUGACUGAAGCGUUGUUCUUGGAAAUCUACGCAUCCGGAUUGCUUCAAGGUGUGGGAUCACAUGGAGUCAAUAGAAUUCUCGAGAAAAUUGCUCGCUAUGAUGAACUUGUAAAGCAAUGGAAUGAACACUAUUUGACAACAGAAGACUUUUGGCCAAAAGGAGUCGAAACACUUGUGAAUGAAGUUCACGAGAAUAGAAAUCUCACAUCGAAAGAUGAUAAAAUUGAAGUUUUGUGGAAAGGAAUCGAGUCGAUUCAUACGAAUUUCAAAUUCUACGCGGCAGUCUUCCCCAGAGAUCACAUUUGGCAUCACUACAAACACUACGAAUCACAAGCAAUCGUCUCUGAUCGUGAAGGAUUUGUCAUUGUAGUUUAUCGAUCGAAGGUCAAAGAACCGUAUGUUAGAGAUAGAGCAUUUCUGAGGAGGUGUGUGGAACGAGACGAUCUCCGACAGAGACAUACCCAAAGUUGGCAGUUCAAUCAUUGGCAAAUCGUCAGAAACUAUUACAAUGAUUAUCCAAUUGUCGAAAACUCUGCUAAAUUUUAUGGAACAUUUCACCUUGUCGUGGCCCAAAGUAAGAGUAUCAUAGCGAGCAGAUACUCCGAGACGGAAAAUUCACCAUGUGGUCCUGGAUAUAUCACUUAUGACGCAGAACUGGAGGUUUUCGAUGGGUUCACUCGUUCUACUUUCCCAUUGUUCUUGCUCCAUGGAUUAUAG